GUAGUGUUGGCUUUCAUUGUUACUGGUUGGGCCACUCGACUGCCACCUUCCGUCAAUCAUGAAUACAAAAGCGGGUGUUAGAAGAUAGUGAACUGUGGAGGGCAAGGAAUAUGGCGUUUUUGAGUGUGGUAUAUAAGUUGAGGUGAUAGUGUGGCGCAGAACAUCAGAAUAUCAUUAGUUCGUGGUGGAAAUGAUUGGUGGUUAUGUAGAUUGUCAUAUUCCACCUCUAAUUUACACACCCUGACAGUCUCUCUCUCUCACAUCCUUACUGGCUCCAUCCACGCUGCCUGUAAAUGUACCUACAACUGGAGCAUUCUCUAGCCAUCACCCAUAAACAUCACCAUUACAUCAAAUAACCACCACGUCCAUGGCGCCAAAUCCACUAAGCCGAGAGGCAGAGGCGCGGCGGGAGGGGGCGUGGUGGCGUGUGUAUGCCCUUCCCCUGGCCUGCCUUGCCCUCAUGUGUGGUACUACAGCCUACCUCGCCUAUGCCUCCUACAGAAGCACCCACCCACAGCUACAUACAAUCAUCAUCAUCCCCUCCAGCUGGUCUCUACGUCCUGCUAAUAAGUCUUUUACCGUGGGUGGGCAGGUUCCUGGUGGUGUAUACUCUGACCUUCUGGCAGCUAAUGUCCUCAGUGCAGGGGAUCUCUACUAUCGCUACAAUGACCUGAAUUACCGCUGGGUGUCGAAGGAAAACUGGACUUAUUCCUCUGUCUUGAAUGUUGAUGCUGAUGUGCUGAGCCAUGCUCGGGUGGCGCUGGUGUUUGAGGGACUGGACACAGCAGCAGAGGUCUUCAUCAAUGGCCGGGGUAUUGGGAAGUCCACCAACAUGUUUGCCAGAUAUGUCUUUGAUGUCAAGAACAAUCUUAAGGCAUCCAGUGACAACAGCAUAGACAUUUGGUUUGAGUCCCCUCUGGAGUACUCCAAACGCCAAUAUGACAUCCAGAGUGCCGAUUACGUGGUGCCACCAAAGUGUUUGCCAGCUGCCUACCAAGGAGAGUGCCACGCCAACCACAUUCGCAAGAUGCAGUCCGCCUUCAGCUGGGACUGGGGACCGGCCUUCCCUAACUCUGGUGUCUGGAAGAACUGGAAACUCGCCGCAUGGAGUUCUCUCAUAGUUAGUGACAUACUCUUCUCAGCAGUACCUACAUCUCCCCUGCCUUCAGUUCCAGAUCACAGCUUCAAGCCAGGCUGGAAUGUCACUGUCAAAGUGUGGUGUGACGCGGCUGUGGCAUCAGGGGAGGUGUUGGGAAACCUCACCAUUACCCUGGGGGAGAUCAGCACCACAAAUCACCGGGUCACAGCUCAGGUCACCAAUUAUGAAGCCGUUCUGGAGUUUAACCUUGUAUUGUCUGAAAACCUGGUGGAUCUGUGGUGGCCCAAUGGGUACGGUGCCCAGCCUCUGUACCAGCUGACGGCCUACUGGGAGAAUGAAAACCGAAGAGAGAACUCCACCAAGGCUGUCAAGGUUGGCUUUCGAACUGUGGAGCUUAACCAGGAUUAUGUGGAUCUUAAUGACACAAGCAAAGGUCGUCACUACCGUGUCUAUGUGAACAAUGUAUUUAUGUUCAUGAAGGGAAGCAAUUGGAUCCCGGCCCACAUUCUGCCGGAGAUGGUGACGCCUGAGUAUACCCGAGACCUCCUCCAGGCAGCGGCGGAUGUUCACAUGAACUGCCUCCGAGUGUGGGGCGGCGGCAUCUACGAGACAGAUGUGUUCUAUGAGAUUGCAGAUGAGCUGGGGAUCCUGGUGUGGGAGGACCUAAUGUUUGCCUGCAGCAUGUACCCAGUAAACCAUGACUUCCUAGACACUGUGAAGAAGGAGAUAGUGACUCAGGUUCGCCGGCUGCAGCACCACCCAAGUAUUCUUCUCUGGGCCUCAAAUAACGAAAACGAGAAAGCUCUUCGUGAUAACUGGUAUGGAACAGCCUUACACUUCAACCUGUACAAGGAAGACUACAUCACACUUUAUGUUGACACAAUCAGGCCGUUGGUGCUUGAGUUGGAUGACAGUCGCUCCUUUGUUGUCAGUUCCCCCAGCAAUGGCAUCAAGUCAGAGAACGAUGGUUAUAUUUCCCAAAACCCCGGUGACAGACUGUACGGUGAUGUUCACUUCUAUGACUACAUUAGUGACGCCUGGAUCGGUGGCAGUACACCAAUAGCAAGGUUCUCCUCCGAGUAUGGCUUCCAGUCCUGGCCGUCUUUCAUCACCAUGAGGGAUGUAACAAUUGAGGAGGACUGGGACAGGGAGUCUCCUCUCAUGUACCACCGCCAGCACCACCCCUUGGGCCAGCAGGAACUAGCUCUUCAGAUUGGCUUACACAUGCACUUGCCAGCACAUGAUGGCUCCCUCAAAGCAUACCAGGAUUACUUGUAUUUGUCCCAGGUUCACCAGGCUGUUGCUAUCAAGGUGGAGACAGAGAUCUACAGGCGGUGGAUGAGUGAGAUCAAUGAGAAGGGGGAAGGCUACACAAGUGGUGCUCUGUACUGGCAACUGGAUGACAUCUGGCAGGGGGCAUCAUGGGCCUCCAUUGAAUAUGGAGGUCGCUGGAAAAUGCUGCACUACUAUGCCAAGAAAAUGUUUAGUCCAGUCAUCAUAACUUCCUCAUUUAUAGAGGAUGAAAAUUUAGUCGAGAUGUAUGUGGUCAAUGAGCGGUUCCAUAACAUGACAGAUGCUGCAGUGGUGGUCAACCUGCACCGCUACAACACACUGGGACCAGUCAAGACAGUCAAAAAAUCAGUUUUUGUGGAAACAGCAGCAUCCAGCCUGGUAGCAACAUUCAGUAUGGACAAGGACUUGGACCUAUUCACCCUCUGCAAGGAAGGUCUCUAUGAUGUGAAAGAUGUUUGCUUCCUCACCUACACACUUUUGGACAAUGAAGGGGUCCUUGUGGCCCCUGAAAACUACCAUCUCUUAGGCAAACCUAAGGAUGCUUAUAUCCCACAUGCCUCUGUACAGUCUGGAGACAUUACUGGACCCGUAGCCACCUCACAGAGCAACUGGACCUUCAGUGUGAAUGUGAAAACAGACUCUGUGGCCCUGUUUGUGUGGCUUGAGACAGAACUGCCAGGAGUGUUCUCAGACAAUGGGUUCCUGAUGGCUCAGGAAGAAGCUCAAGUGCAUUUUUAUGCUGUCAAAAAGAUAACUGUGGAGGAUCUGAAGUCGUCACUGACUGUCAAGUCCCUCACUGAUACAUACAACCAAGUUUAUCCAUUUGCAACUUUCCAUGAAAAUCGUGAUAUCCACCCUAAUGAUAUCAGGAAUGUGGUGUUUGCAUGAUGGUGCUCAACAGAUAUGGUUGUGCAUGAUCACUAUGGCUUGAAAUAAAAUGCCUUAACAGUCAA